GCCGGCGCGCCGCGGAGCACGAGCGGGCGCAGCCGGGGCGCCGCGCUCCGAGCCAUGGGAGGCGCCCACUCUCAGAGCCCCAGGGGCCGGGAGCCGGCCGCGGAGAGGCCCCCGAGACCCCGAGAGACCGCUGGUGAUUCUGAGAGGUGCCAUCCCUACGUAGAAUCCCGGAAACUGAAGAAAAGCAGAGGAGAACUCUGCUGCUUCCCUCUGCCUUCAAACAUAGAGGGUUUUUAUUUUGAAGGCUGAAAUCAUCAGGCCUGUUGGCAGACUUCUGAAGCAGCAAACGGGAAACCAAAGACUUAGAAGUUAUGGAAAGAAAGCCUCAAAAAGGAGACUUGGGAAACGGAUCAGGCUAUAAUUUCACAGGGUAACUUAGCAUCCUUUACCCAAGACCUGGCCACGGCGCGUCCAACAGUGCGGACUGGGGGAGCGACAAAGCAUCUAAAAUUCCAGCCCUCGGCUACUUUUGCAGCGUUGCUGAGGGAUUUUAAGGGUGAAGGUGAACAGGCUGAAAUCUUCCACGCCGUCCUAUCAGGGAGGGGGAAACACCGCCCACGGCGGCCUCAGAGUUUCCUAUAAUAAGGGGGCUGAACUUCUCUGCGAUCCAGUAUCACCAACGCCAUUAAGUCGCAGUAGCAAGAUGAAAAACUAACAAUAAAAAGGGAAGGAGGCCCAGUCCGGCGUGCACGUACACGGAAAACGGAUCUUCCCAGCUCCGGACGCCGGCGGAGCUGUGGUGGGGGAGUCCGGGUCCGCGGCCCGCGGCCCGCGGCCAGAGCCGCCGCCUAGCAGUCCCUUCCCGCAGUGCGGGCGCGACCACUGUGGCGCCAAGGCGGGGGGAUCCGGCGAGCGCGCCGCGCACUUCAAAGGGCCGCCGGCGCCGGCGCCCCCGCCCGCGCGCGCGCGUAGUACGGUCCGAGGGGGCGGCUCCUGGGGCGCGGCUCCGCGGCAGCUGAGGCGCGCCCGGCCGGCCGGGAGGCGGGAGCCGGGUUGCCGGGACCGUGAGCUGCCGAGCUUCUGGGCCGCCGAGGCCGACCCGCCGGGCGCCGCGGACCCGGGCCCCGAGGAGGCCCUGCGAGAGGCAGGAGUCGCCGGGCGCGGGGGGCACCGCGGCCGCACGUUCCGGAAGGAGGACGAGGAGAAAGCGGCGCUGCCAGCCGGCGGAGAGGAAGCGCUCCACCCGGGCCCCUCGACGGCGCUCGUUUAACCACAUCCGCGCCUCCGCUGGAAGCGCGUCUGGGCGCCUGUCACCGUUCCCUCCAUUUUGAAAGGGAAAAAGGGCUCUCCCCCUUCCCCUCCUCCUAGGAGCCGCAGCCGGAGGAGCGGCGCUCAUGGCGUUCAGCCCCUGGCAGAUCCUGUCCCCCGUGCAGUGGGCGAAAUGGACGUGGUCCGCCGUGCGCGGCGGGGGCGCCGGAGAGGACGAGGCCGGAGGGCCCGAGGGCGACCCCGAGGAGGAGGACUCGCAAGCCGAGACCAAAUCCUUGAGUUUCAGCUCGGAUUCUGAAGGUAAUUUUGAGACCCCUGAAGCUGAAACACCCAUCAGAUCACCUCUCAAGGAAUCCUGUGAUUCACACCUAGGACUGGCAGGCCCCGGAGCCAAAACCCAAGACUCACAAGAAGUGGACGAACAGCUGGUAGCAGAAGUGGUGGAAAAAUGUUCCUCGGAGGCUGGUUCUAGACCUUCAGAAAACGAGGCAGCUCCGCACCCUUUUGGGUCUCACUUGCUCAAGGGUUUCAGAGAAGAACCUGAACACGAUGUGAGCAAAAUCUCCGUCGUGAGGCCGUUUUCCAUAGAAACCAAGAAGCGCCCGGACCUCCCGGGGGCGCCCGGCACAGCAGCGGCCCAUGGCCGCGCGGCCGCCGCCCAGGACGAGGCCAUGACCGAGGGCGCCGCGGGCGCCGCGCCGGAGGCCCCGGCGGAAGGCGACCCCGAGGCGGGGAGCCCGCGCGCGGAGACCGGGGCCGGCAGGAGCAGGCUGCGGAGGCCCAGGCCCGUGGGCCUGCGGAAGAAGGCGGCGGCCGGCGAGCUCUCAGACGCCCGCCCUGGCCCGGAGGGCGCGUGGCAGCCCCGCGCGGCCCAGCAGGCCGGUCCCGACGGCGCGGACCUGCCGCGAGGUGGCCGGAGCCAGCCGGGUCCCCCCGGGGCUGAGGAGACGGCAGGCGCCCCCAGCGGGGACGCCCGCGACCCAGGGGCCGAGCUGCCGGAGGCCCCCACGAGCGCCCCCUGGGACCUCGAGUUCGAGUUCACGGAAGACGUGGAGCCCGUCGAAGGCAGCAGAGCCCUCGUGGGGAGACCCGGCCGCGCAGCGGGCAGCAGGCUGACGCCCAAGGUCCAGAAAGACGGCGCCGGGGAGCCCGCGGGCGCCCCAGGGGCAGCAACGGCCUCGGAGCCGGGGCCCCGCGCGUGUCCCGGGGAGACCCCCGACCUCGCGCCCCUCGGGGGCCACUCGCCGCGGCAGCGCUCGCCCGCGCUCUCCGCUCAGGGCUCCUACCGCUUUGACCCGGAUCACUUUGACGAAUCCGUGGAUCCCUUUAAACCCACUCUGACUUUAGCGAGCGGCGACUUCGGUUCUCCCGCCGGUAAUCACAUUAAUGAAAUCUUAGAAUCACCCAAGAAGGCAAAGUCGCGUUUGAUAACGAGUGGCUGCAAGGUGAAAAAAUACGAAGCCCAGUCUCUUGCUUUGGAUGGGUGUUCUCAGGAUGAAGGAGCAGUGAUCUCCCAGAUUUCAGACAUUUCUAACAGGGAUGGCCAUGCUACUGAUGAGGAGAAGCUGGCGUCCACAUCAUCUGGUCAGAAACCCACAGGGGCCGAGGGGAAAGGUGAGCCAGAGGACGACCUGGAGUACUUUGAAUGUUCCAAUGUUCCCGUGUCUGCCAUAAAUCAUGCGUUUUCAUCCUCAGAAGCAGGCACCGAGAAGGAGAUGUGCCAGCCGAUGGAGAAGGACGGACCUACCGUGUCUGCACUGCUGGAGUCCCCAGGGGAGAAGGGCCCCGUGUCCGUGGCCUGUGGAGGGGAGAGCCCGCUGGAUGGCAUCUGCCUCAGUGAAUCAGACAAGACCGCUGUGCUCACCCUGAUAAGAGAAGAGAUAAUCACUAAAGAGAUCGAAGCAAAUGAAUGGAAGAAAAAAUACGAAGAAACCCGACAGGAAGUCUUGGAGAUGAGGAAAAUUGUGGCUGAGUAUGAGAAGACCAUUGCCCAAAUGAUCGAAGAUGAGCAGCGGACGAGUAUGACCUCUCAGAAGAGCUUCCAGCAGCUGACCGUGGAGAAGGAGCAGGCGCUGUCCGACCUCAACUCAGUGGAGAGGUCGCUCUCCGACCUGUUCAGGAGAUACGAGAACCUGAAAGGCGUCCUGGAAGGCUUCAAGAAGAAUGAAGAAGCCUUGAAAAAAUGUGCUCAGGAUUACCUAGCCAGAGUUAAACAAGAGGAGCAGCGGUACCAGGCCCUGAAAAUCCAUGCGGAGGAAAAACUAGACAAAGCCAAUGAGGAGAUUGCUCAGGUUCGAACGAAAGCGAAGGCUGAGAGCGCUGCUCUCCACGCGGGGCUCCGGAAAGAGCAGAUGAAGGUGGAGUCCCUGGAAAGGGCCCUUCAGCAGAAGAACCAAGAGAUCGAAGAACUGACAAAAAUCUGUGACGAGCUGAUUGCAAAGCUGGGAAAGACGGACUGAGUCUCCCCCGUUGGCUCAGCAGAUCUGCGUUUGGCUGCUUCUCUCAUGACCACGAUUAUCUUGCCUUAUCCAGGAAUAAUUGCCCCUUCGCAGAGAAAAAAAACCUACAAAACUUUACGAAAGCACAUGCCUACUGCUGCCUGUCCCGCUUUGCUGCCGCCGCACCCGCCCCGGAGGAGCUGCUGGAGGAUUUACUGCACAGCCGCGGAAGGAGUGGCCCGACCGCCCCGUCCUUGGGCUCAGUUAGACGGGCUGCCUGGUCUGGGCGGGAUUCUCUAUCUUUGGUUUGUUUUAAAGUCAUCUUUACUUUCCCCAAGUCCCCAGGUGUGUUCAGUUUAUGAUUUUUAUAGCUAUUAUUUGGGACCACAUCUUGUCCAUCACCUGUCAGAUUUUUUUUUUUAAUUUAAUUAUUUCAUCUUUUACAUUUAAUUUUCGGUAUUAGUGGUAUCAUUUGAGGAGAUGACUUGGCCUAUUGUUACUUCCAGUUGAGUACCCAUUUAUCCACACACUCACUGUCUUUCUCUCUCUCACACGCACACGCAUGUUUAUAUAUGCUGCUGGGUUUUUUUGUGUUUUUUUUCCCCUGAAGCAUAGUCAAAUAAGAACUUCUCUACAGAAGGGCAUAUUUGCAUAAAUGUAAAACCCUAUUUUGAAACAGAGUCCUGGCUCAGAACACCAACUUCAGAAUUGGGGGGGUUCAAGAGGUGAAGCCCCCACGUCUGGCAUGACUCAGAACCUCAGACUCAGGUGUCGCACAGGGGAGGCUGUUGGCCGUCGUGUCCUGUUGCCCCGGUUAGUCCUCAGACCCGGGGUGUCUACUUGGUGGGAUCCUGGUUCCCUCACAGCUGGGGUUCGGCAGGUCUGUCCUAGAGCUGUCAGUCUCCUCCGCUUCCAUUUGUUGCUACAGAAUCAGCAUUUGCUCUCUAUUAUCUUUCUGUUUGAAAUAUGGAAAGGAAAUCUGCUUGUAAAAGGUUUAGAUGAUCUUAUUUAAUUAACUCCAUUAGCAAUUGUAAGGUGAAGCGACCGUUGGAUUUUUGCAAAUGUGAUGCAUUGUUCAUCAGAUUUUUUUUUCCCCAAGAGGCCAAAAAAAAAAAAAAUCCUUUCAAAUUUAAA